AUGUCUAACCAGACCCAGAUCUUUGGCAUUGAUGGCCCAGGGAGCCUGCUGGCAGUGUUGGCCUCACAGAGGGCCAGUAGCAUUAGCAGCACCAGCAGCAGCAGUGAAGGAAUCUCAGCUGCGGCCGUGUCCACCUAUGUCAAGUUGGUGUUCCUGGGCCUGAUCCUCUGUGUCAGCCUAGCAGGCAACCUGCUGGUGUCUCUGCUGGUCCUCCGAGAACGGGCCCUUCACAAGGCCCCCUAUUUCUUCCUGCUGGACCUUUGCCUAGCUGAUGUCAUCCGUUCUGCUGCCUGCUUCCCCUUCGUCCUGGUGUCUGUCCACAACAGCUCGGCAUGGACCUACAGCACCUUCAGCUGCAAGCUGGUGGCCUUCCUAGCUGUGCUCUUCUGUUUUCACGCUGCCUUCAUGCUGUUCUGUGUGGCUGUGACCCGCUACCUGGCCAUCGCCCACCACCGCUUCUACACCAAACGCAUGACUGUCUGGACUUGCGCUGCCAUCAUCUGCAUGGUCUGGACUUUGGCCAUUGCCAUGGCGUCUCCGCCUGUCUUUGACGUGGGGACGUACAAGUUCAUUCAAGACGAGGACCAGUGCAUUUUCGAGCAUCGCUACCUUAAGACCAAUGACACUCUGGGCUUCAUGCUCAUGCUGGCCGUCGUGGUCCUGGCCACUCACGGUUUCUACACCAAACUCCUGCUGUUUGAAUACAAGCACCGCAAGAUGAAGCCUGUCCAGCUAAUGCCGGCCAUCAGCCAGAACUGGACCUUCCACGGCCCGGGUGCCACGGGUCAGGCAGCAGCCAACUGGAUCGCAGGCUUUGGCCGAGGCCCAAUGCCCCCCACCCUGCUGGGCAUCAGGCAGACUUUGCACAACCAGCAGCACCGGCGCCUGCUUGGCAUGGAGGAGGUCAGAUCUGAGAGGAGGCUAGGCAGGAUGUUCUACAUCAUCACCCUGCUCUUCCUGGUACUCUGGGCUCCUUACAUAAUGGCUUGUUUCUGGAGGGUGUUUGUCAAGUCCUGCUCCAUCCCUCACAGGUACCUCUCCAUCACAGUGUGGAUGAGCUUCGCCCAAGCAGGAGUCAACCCUAUCUUCUGCCUCCUGCUCAAUGAGGACUUGAGGAAAGUGCUGAGGGCCCACCUGCCCACCUACAGCAGGACUAGACAACACCAACAGCUGCACCGCCAUGAGCUGUUUGUGUUCACCAUCACAUGA